UCCCAGUAUCCCCUGCAAACGAGCCCUCCCCUCCCCUUGUGUGGAUCAUCCCCUUCCUGCCCGCCUCUCCUCCGCCUCUGCUGCAGAACAAAGACUUGCGUGUCGAGGGGCGGCGCGUUCACACGUGCAGGCGCUCUUUCCGGCCGUCCCGUGUCCAUUCUACACGGGAGUGGCCCCGAUCUGGAGCUGCUGCAGCCUCAGGAAGAGGAGGAAAGGAAGAGAAGGGCGGCUCCUCCAUCCAUUCAUCCAUCCAUCCCUCCCUUUCUCCUUCCUUUCUUCACUUCGGAGGCUCCAAAGCUUCCAAGGGGACUUGGCAAGGGCCGCCCAGAGUGGAUCCAGUUUCAAAGGGAUCACGUGGGAUCCAGGGAAGGAGGCCUAUUUCUGAACCGCCGGAUCCAGAGAUCAGCUGGUUUUCCACGGCCGGGAUUUGUCUCGCGGAGCAAUUCACAGAUGAAUAGAUCAUAUUGAUCAGGAACAGAAUCCCCCGAUUUGGACAGAGAAGGCCGCCUUCUUGCCGAAGACAGACGCAACAUGGCUGCACCAGGAUACCCCAUUCCUCAGCCAGGACACCCCCUUGCGUCCCCUCCGUACCCGUCCCACAUGAUGCCGUCCGCUCCCAGCCCUGGCUUCGUCUUUCCCCCCACCAGCCCUGUCCAAGCGCAGAUCACGGCACCCCCGCCUCCUCCCCGGGGGUAUCACCAACACGCCCCGCCUCCUCACCCCCCACAGCAACAGUCCGGGCCGGACCCUCACGCCAUCAUCCCCUACGUUCCUGUGGCCUCCAGCAUCCCUCGAGGUUUGGAACACCUGGCACAGAUUGAUCACAUUUUGAUAAACCAGAAAUCGGAUGCAGUGGAAGCUUUCAUCGGCUUCGAGCGCAACAACAAGUACGAGGUGCGCAACAACAUGGGCCACCCGGUGUUCCAUUGUGAGGAGCAGAAUGACUGGCUGACGCGCAACCUCUGCGGCUCCUUGCGCCGCUUCUCCCUGCGGAUCGACGACCCUUCCGGCUGCGAGAUCAUGCGUGUGAUCCGGCCACUGAAAUGCUCCAGUUGCUGGUGCCCUUGCUGCCUGCAGCAGAUGGAAGUGCAGUGCCCACCGGGCAACACCAUUGGCUUCGUGGAGCAGACGUGGCACGCUUUGCAGCCCAAAUUCUCCGUCCAGAAUGUCGAGAAGGAAACCAUGCUGCGGGUGGUGGGCCCCACCUUCGUCUUCAGCUGCGGGGGAGACGUCAACUUCGAGGUGAAAACAGUGGACGAAUCCCGCGGCAUUGGGCGCAUCAGCAAGCAUUGGAGUGGCCUCCUCCAAGAGGUCUUCACCGACACGGACAACUUCGGCAUCCAGUUCCCUAUGGAUCUCGAUGUGAAGAUGAAGGCGGUCCUUUUGGGAGCCUGUUUCCUCAUUGAUUUUAUCUUCUUUGAACAGACAGGAACCACCGGGCAAAGCCAUACGGUGGUCACUGGAUAGAGCUGCCCGGGAUGCGAGUUUCUUUCCGUUCCCGAAGGACCCUUUUCCUGCUUGGGACGAAAGGGGAUUAUAUAGGAUACCUGUAUGUGUGUAUGUACGCAUGGGAGCAAAGGGUGAGAGUAUGUCUGCGGGUGCAUCUAUAUAUCACACAAGAGCAGUUCGGCCCCACCAUGGCUCAAUGCUAUGGAAUUGUGGGAUUUGUAGUUCGGUGAAGUACCGGUACUUUUGGGUGUUCCGCCUUGAGAAAACUACAACUCCCAGGAUUCCAUAGGGUUGAGCCAUGGCAGUUUGAAUGGGGUCAUAGAGUGGAAAGCCUUGAGAAAACCACAACUCCCAGGAUUCCAUAGGGUUGAGCUAUGGCAGUUCCAGGAGUUGAGCAUGACUUCUGUAGACAGUCCACGUUUCGCAGGCGUAUAGGAGUGGGGUCGCAUAGCUUUCAUUUUGCAAUGUAGAUGCACCCCAAUAAAACUAUGGGGGACUUUGGGGGGGGCAACUGUGCAAACAAGCAAAGAGGAAAGGCAUUGGGGUUGUUCAUGCAUGGUGCUGGCUGGGGGAUUCUGGGAGACAUAGUUCAAAUAAUGGUCAGCUUCUGGUGGCUCCAACACUGCCAUGGCUCAAUGCUAUCAAAUCAUGGGAUCUGUAGUUCAUUGAAGUACCAGUACUCUUUGGCAGAGAGUACGGAAGUCCUUGAGAAAACUACAACUCCCAGUAUUCCAUAAGGUUGAGCCAUGGCAGUUCGAGUGGGGUCAUGUUGCUUUCAUUCUGCAAUGUAGAUGCACCCCAAUAAAACUAUGGUGGACUUUUUUGGGGGGCAACUGUGCAAACAAGCAAAGAGGAAAGGCAUUGGGGUUGUUCAUGCAUGGCGCUGGCUGGGGGAUUCUGGGAGACGUAGUACAUAAAAAGGGGCCGUUUGGCCAGCUUCUGGGCGGCACAAACUACACUGGUUACAAUGCCAUGUUUGCCUUGAAUACCGGGGGUGGGGGGAACCAUCCCAUUUUUUGCUAUGGCAUAUCAGCAGUGUCCUUAUCACACACCAAAGAAAUGGUUAAUAUUUACUACUUCUGUGUAUUUUAUAACUCUUAUAUACCUAUCUAUAUAUAUUUAUCUAUCUAUAUAUAUAUUUAAGUGUUUACAUUUAAUACCUUUGAGAGGAGCAGCCAAGAAGACGGCUUGCCGACUUUGCAAACGCCUCUCCCCAAAUUGGCCAGAAACCAAGAGGAAUGGCCAGUCGGUCAGGUUGCUAGACUCCAACUCCCAUCAGCCACUAACUCUGGGGAAGGAUGCUGGGUGAUGCAGUUCAACCAGUUCCUAUCGUCCUGCUCUGGCCAAAAGAAUCCCUGGCUGAUUCAAACCAGGUGGGAAAUUUGCGAGAAUGAAGCCAGGGACGUAAGAAGAAACUGGACUCCAGAUCUGAAAAGGAAAGGGAAAGCCUAUUGUCCACGGAGAGCAGGACUUCCUGCUUGGGUGUGUCUUCGUCCCUUGACCGUGCCUUCUGUUUACAGACUUGGUGGAUCCUACAGCUGCAAGGAGGGUGGGAUGCCCUCAAAGGGUGCAAGAGAUUGUAUGUCCCUCCAUUGCAGGUAAAACCAAAGAAUAAAAUGUUAUCUAGC